AUGGCUCCCAUCACCAAGACUCUCGCCCUUGCUGGCGCUUUCUUCGCCUUGACUGGCUACUCGGCUCCCGUCGCUAAACGCGCCGUCGUUUGGGAGACCGUCACCGACAUCGUCUGGACCACCGUCGAUGUCACCACCACCGUUCAGCCUUACCAGGCCACCACCACUGCCGUUCCCGUCGUCGCUGCCGUUACCACCACUGCUGCCCCGGCUCCUACCGUUCCUACCGUUCAGGCACCCGCUAAGGAGGUUGUGAAGGCCGAGCCUACCACCUCCUCCACCACCGCCGCUCCCGCUCCCACCACUCCCGUCGUGCAGGCUUACUCCGCCCCCGAGCCCGUCGUGAAGGAAGAGACCACCUCCGCUGCCCCGGCUCCCGUUCCUCAGGCCACCGCCCGUGCUGCGGCCCCGGCUCCUGCCCCUGCCAGCAGCGGUAGCGGCGGCGCUUGCUCCGAGGGUUCCCCCUGUGAAGGCAUGAUCACCUUCUACGACACUGCCACCACCGCCACCAACCCCAGCUCUUGCGGCAACACCAACGACGGCACUGUCGAGAACGUCCUUGCCCUUCCCCACGGUAUCAUGCAGGACAGUGACUGCGGCAAGACCGUCACCAUCGAGUACAACGGCCAGACUGCCACCGGUACCGUCGUUGACAAGUGCAUGGGUUGCGACAACACCUCCAUCGAUCUGUCCCGUCACCUGUUCGGUCAGUUGGCCGCUAUGGAUAAGGGUCGUGUCGAGGGUGCCAAGUGGUACAUCAACUAA